AGAAAGUUCUAUAUGCAGUAUAAUUAACAGUACAGUGCAAUAAGAAUAAAAAAACAGACUUUUUUGACAUUAUCAAUACAUCAACAAAAUGACGAAAUAUGAAAGUUCCAAAAUGAAAAGAUAUGAGAUUCUGAAGCCUAUUGGUGAGGGAUCUUUUGGACAAGUGUAUAAAGCUAGAAAACGUGUAGAUGGUGAAUUUGUGGCUGUUAAAAUGAUAAGGAAGUGUGGCAGAUCAUCUACGGAGCUCAAGAGUUUACGUCAAGAGUGUGAGAUUCAACGUUAUCUGCAACAUCCAAAUAUUGUGCAAAUGUUAGAUUCAUUUGAAACAGAAAAUGAAAUUGUGGUUGUAACAGAAUAUGUUGAUAAAGUAUUGAAUGACAUACUGGCUAAGGAAGUUAGAUUGUCUGAGGAAAGAGCACAAGUAAUAGCUUGUGAUUUAGUAUCAGCGCUUUAUUAUUUACAUUCAAAUCGGGUAAUGCACAGAGAUCUGAAACCACAAAAUGUUCUCCUGGAAGCAAACGGUAUAACUAAACUAUGCGACUUUGGAUUUGCUCGUAGUAUGAGCACUGGUACUCAUGUACUUACUUCAAUCAAAGGUACACCAUUGUACAUGGCCCCUGAACUUGUAGAAGAAUGUCCUUAUGAUCAUAAUGCUGAUUUAUGGUCUUUAGGCUGUAUAGUUUAUGAAUUGGUAGUUGGUUCUCCUCCAUUUCAAACUCAUUCAAUUUUGCAUCUGAUUAAGUUGAUUAGGUUUGAAGAAAUAAAAUGGCCAGAUUUUAUUUCUCCAAUUUGCAAAAGCUUUCUACAGGGUUUACUUCAGAAAGAUCCUUCUCAACGAUUAACUUGGCCCGCUCUUCUCCAACAUCUAUUUGUCAAGGAUCGAAUUGUAAUAGUAGAUGGUACUGUACCUACUCCGUUUACAAAUCCGCUAUCUGCGAGCCAAGCAAGAGCAAAGCAGCAACAGUUACAAAGUUUAGCGAUGCGUGCUGCAAAUCAAUCCAAAGUUGUGAAGAAAGCAAUGAAAAAAAUACAAGAACAAGAGAGAAGACAAUAUGAGUAUCGGCAACGAACAUGUAUUUCACAACCGGGUUAUCUGAUGCCUCCUGCUUAUUGUCAUCAUAUGAUAAAUCAUUGUCAAGCAUUACGUCGCAGUGAACCAAGUGGCACUGAUUCCAGCGCUAGUAUUGAUGUACUCUUAGGAAAUCUCAGUCUUAGAGCAUCUCUGAGAAGUGAUCUUUUAGCUGCAGAUCAUGCUCUGUGUCAGAGUGAUUACUCACAUAACAUAGACAUGCAGCAUAAUUUUCCAAUACAAGAUGAUUACUCAAAACUUGCUCAAACACAAAUGGAUUAUAGUCAUUCUGUACGACAGUUGAAUAAGGAAAUGUAUCACACAAAUGCUCAAGGUGAUGGAAUUAAUGUAGGUCAACAAAUCGAAAAAUCUUCACACAUAGAUCAAAUUGUACAUGGCGAUGGUGAUUGCAAAAAGUGCUUGAGCAUUGAUUAUGAACAAGAAUUUGGUGAUAGAAAAUUGACUGAAAAACACACGAGAUUGCCUGAUUGGGAUCCAAGAGCAGUAGAGAGACCAAUUGAAAAUGAAGAAUGGAUUGCAUUUUUACAAAGAUCAAUGGAAGAAGUUAUGGAGGGUGAGAUUGACUCCUUAUUGCAACAAAAUUGCGUCUCAGUAUUUGUUUCUCCUUUAAGAAAUCCAGCAGCUGGCUGUAGAGUUAUCGAAUAUUUAACUUGUUUAUUAUCAUUACCAUUUACCAUGUCAGUCAGUAAGGAGAAUCUCAAAAAAAUUGAACAAGUGUAUUUAGAUGUGAGAGUAGUACCAAAUCUUGUUUAUGCCAUAAAGCUAUUAAUGUCGGAACGUUCCGAUAACGAAUUGAAUGCGACAAAUACAAUGAACAUGGGAACGAGGUUAGCAUCUUCUUUAUCCGCUGAUGAACUUCAAGCACUUGAAUGCGUGAUACUAGUUCUUUGUAGAUUGGUUUAUAUUGAGAAUCAAUUUCUCAUGCAAUUUUGCGACGCUAUUUACAUCGUGAAUGGAAUGCUACUUCUACAACAACUACUAACUUUAGAAAAAAGAAAGGCAAGAAUCGUUGCAGAUCUUGUUGCUAUUUUAAAUAACGUUCUACGAUCUCAACCUGAGAAUGCCGAGCUUGUGGAACAAGUCGUGCUGCGUACAAAAACACCUGGAGCUUCGGUGGAGCAACUUAACAAACUUCUCAAUCAUCGACAAACUGUUUUACGAGCAAGGACAUGUACUAUGAUCAGAUUGUUAGGUAGAUUUUGCUGUAGAGCGUUACAACAGACCUGGAACAAGUCAUUAAAAGAUGCCAUGGAGGACUUAAUUGAAGAUGAAGAUGAACACGUUCGUCAUGUAGCGGAGAAAGCUGUGAAUGAAUUGAAACAAUUAACGUAUUAUAAUUAAAAAAAAACCUUGUCGGUUUAUAUUGCCUUAUGAUGGAACAUAAGUAGAUUGUUAGGGACCAAUUUUCAGUACUAUUGUUACUCGAUAAAUCUUAUAAUGCAUUCAAAUUAAAUACUUUAUUUUUUUAAC